AUGGUCAAAUCUGCACUUGUAUCAACCCUUCUUCUCGCCGUUUCGGCCUUUGCCCACCCUCACGCCCAUGGUGGCCCCAGUUCAGAUCAGCUCUAUUCGUUCCUAAAGGCUCGCACUUCUGUUAGUGCUGCAGCCUCUGAAGGUGCCGCUGCCAAUCCCUCGAGCGGCAGCUCCAAUGGAUCCGCAGAGGGAGGACGUGGUUCCUCGACUGCAUUCUCCGCAGCUCGCUUCCCAGACGUGCAAGCUGUUCUCGAGGGAAACAAGCGCUUUGUCCAGAACCGCGACGCCAAGGCAAUUCAAGAGCUCGUGGACAAUGGCCAAAAGCCACCGUUCAUGAUGGUCGCUUGCAGUGAUUCCCGGGCACCCGAGGCCACCAUUUUCGAUUCCAAGCCCGGAACCUUCUUCAUGGAGCGAAACAUUGCCAACCAGUACAAACCUGGUGAUGAAAACGCGCAAAGCGUGAUGGCAUACGGCAUUCAUGUCCUCGGUGUCCAGCACAUUGUGAUCCUUGGUCACUAUGGCUGCGGAGGCAUCGCUGCGUCUAUCGCUACUCCCCCCAAGAACAAUAUCAACGUCGCAUCACAUAUCGUCAACACUUGGAUCGGUGACAUUCGUCAACUCUACUUGACAUCUAACCGCUCCGAGAUUGUGGAGAUGCGCACGGCCAACCUCGCCAUCGAGGCGGCUGGUGGCACCGUUGAAGAGCCAAAGAUUCGCGAGCCAGGUUUCCGCGCCCUCGUCGAGGAAAAUGUCAAGCUCCAGGUCCAACGACUUGUUGACAGCAGUGUCAUGAAGAAUCGCGUCGACGAGAUCACUACCAAGCUCAACACGGAUGGCACUCUCAAGGCCUCCAACUCGACCCCUGUCGAGCGCCGCGCAGAAGAGGGCGGUGCAAUCCGCCCUGUCUUUGUCCACGGAUGGGUGCAUGACCUCGAGAGUGGAGAGAUCAUCGACCUCAACAUUUCCUCUGGUCCAGCUGGCUUUGAGAACUUUGUUCCUCCUGCGGCUGGCGAGGGCAAUGCGGAGAGCCCCUCCUCAUCUACGACGACUGCUGGAGGCGAGAGCGCAACGUCGACGUCUGCUGCGGAAGGAGGAGCCAGCUCUACUUCUUCGGCAGCUGAGGGUGCGGCCACUACCACUUCUAGCGCUGCAGAGGGUGGCGAGACUUCUUCCACCGUUGCAGGAGAGGGUGCAGAGAGCUCGAGCUCGACGAGUGCCGAGGCGACUGCCGCUUCGUCUUCGUCUGGAGAUGUUCGUGUUCACGGUCCAUCCUCGCUUGGUACCAGAAGAGCGAGACGUUCGAAUGCACGCGCGCUCAAUGCCUCUUCUCUCAAUCUUCACAAGCGCUUGGCGUCAUUUGGACGAUCAGGUCGUCGUUAA